AUGGCCGAUGGAAACUACACCAGAGUCACUGAGUUCAUUUUUGUGGGUUUGAAGUAUCAUCCAAACCUGCAAGUCAUCCUCUUCCUUCUCAUUCUAUUUUUUUAUCUAAUUAACAUGACAGGCAAUCUGGGAAUGAUCAUUCUCAUACGAAUUGAUGCCCACCUCCACACUCCCAUGUAUUUUUUCCUCAGCCACUUGUCUUUUGUGGACAUGAGUUUCUCUUCUACAGUGGCUCCCAAAAUGCUUAGAGACUUCUUUGAGGAGAGAAAGACCAUCUCUUUCCUGGGCUGUGUUUUGCAACAGUGGUUCUUUGGAUUUUUCGUGACCAUUGAAUGCUUCCUCUUGGCAUCCAUGGCCUACGACCGCUAUGUUGCAAUCUGUAAUCCAUUGCUUUAUUCCAUUUCCAUGUCCCAGAAACACUGUAAUCAGCUGGUGGCUAUCCCUUAUGUUGCUGGGUUCAUAGAUACCAUGAUUCACUCCACUGUUGCUUUCCGUCUGCCCUUCUGUGGCCCAAAUGUCAUCAAUCACUUCUUCUGUGACGUCUUCCCUCUUUUUUCUCUUAUAUGUGUUGAUACCAGCAUCAAUAAAUUAUUAGUUUUUGCCAUUGCUGGGAUUGUUGGAACCUUCAGUGGCCUGAUCAUCCUUGUCUCCUACAUCUACAUACUUAUAGCUAUCCUUAAGAUCCAGUCUGCUGAAGGAAGACAGAAAGCCUUCUCCACCUGCUCUUCUCAUCUAACUGCUGUGACCAUCUUAUAUGGGACCCUCUUCUUUGUCUAUGUACGACCGAACUCAAGUUUUUCUAUGGAUGCCAAUAAACUCGUCUCUGUGUUUUAUACUUCAGUGACCCCCAUGUUGAACCCCCUAAUUUAUAGUCUGAGGAACAAGGAGGUCAAGAGUGCCAUCCACAGGACAAUUGCUAAAAGAAAAUUUUGU